AUGGACAGUCAUCUAAGUUUACACACAUUCACAGAUGCAUCAUYGAAUGCAUACGGUGCCGCUGUAUAUGCUGUACACGAAUACAGAGAUGGUACUCUUACCAGCCGCCUUGUCGCUGCAAAGGCCGGAGUAGCACCCCUUCAAGCCAUCAGUGUCCCUAGACUUGAACUCAUGGCAGCUGGUCACGGGCUGAAACUGACGCAGAUGGUAGGACAGACACUUGAAGUCGACAAGAGUGAUUGGCAAUUCUGGUCAGACAGCAUGGAUGUGCUCCACUGGAUUAGAGGACACAGUCGCCACUUCAAACCGUUUGUGGCCAAUCGGGUUGGAGAGAUUCAAGCAGCCACAGAACCAGAACAGUGGAGAUUUGUCCCUACCCAUUUGAACCCUGCUGACUUGCUAACUCGGGGACAGACUGUGUCUGAGCUUGCCAAGCAAGACAAAUGGUGGAAAGGCCCAGAGUUUCUACUCCUACCCGCUUCAGAAUGGCCUGUAAACAAGCUAGACAUCCCUAAAGAGCCUGAUAUUGAGACAAAGAAACAGUAUCAAGCGGUGUGUAACUUUCAGACUAAAUCAAAGAAAAGAUCAGCACCAACAUCAGAGUCGAAGGUGAUGCUUCAGAUAGAGAAUCGUCUUGACCCAAGCCGUCAUUCAAGUUGGCCCAGAAUGGUACGUGUAACAGCCCAAGUAUUACGUUUUGCAAACAACUGCCGUUCUAAGCCUCAGCUGCGAACAACAGGACCUCUUCGCCCAGAGGAGAUAAGAGAGGCYGAAGCUCACUUCAUCAAGCUAGCUCAACUGGAAAGCUUUUGUGAUGAGAUUGCAGCCUUAAGAGCAAAAGGGACAUUGCCCUGUAGCUCUAAGCUACUUCCUCUGAAUCCUUUCUUUGAUGAAGAUGGUGUGGUUCGGUGUAACAGUCGUUUGCAGUUUGCUGAGUGCUUAUUAUGGGCAAUUAAAUUUCCAAUCAUUCUACCUCGGAAGCACGUUGUCACCUCAUUGAUUGUUCGAAAAUCCCACAAUCAGUGCCAACAUGGCGGUACCAAUCAAGUGCUCGCUAACCUUUCCAGUAAGUACUGGGUCAUUUCAGCYAGGGAGGCCAUUAGGGAGUGGGAAAGAGAAUGCGCCAUGUGCCAACGUAGAAAAGCCAAUCCCAUCAAUCAAGUUAUGGCUCCACUGUCAGAGUUACGAACCAAUCAGUCCCUAAGAGCGUUCAACCAAGCCUCAGUUGACUUUGCGGGACCCUUUCUAACCAAGCAAGGGCGAGGAAAGACACGCCAGAAGAAGUAUCUUUCCUUAUUCGCGUGCCUGUCCACUAGAGCGGUGCAUCUAGAAAUGGCUUAUGCCUUGGACACUGACUCCUUUUUAAACGCCUUUUACCGUAUGGUUUCACGACGUGGACUUCCAGAAGUCAUGGUAUCAGACAACGGAACCAACUUUGUUAGUGGCGACAGAGAACUGAAAGAACUCGUAGCAGCACUCGACAAAGACAAGAUACAAGACUCGACUGCCAACAGAGGUGUAAAGUGGCACUUUAAUCCUCCGGGAGCACCGCAUUUCAAUGGAGUCCAUGAGAUCAUGAUCAAAGCAGCAAAGAAAGCGAUCAAAGCAAUCUUAGGAAAUGCAGAUGUUUCUGAGGAAGAACUCAUGAGUGCAAUCGCAGGCGCAGAAGGCUUGAUCAACUCUCGACCCCUUACUUACCAAUCAGCUAAUGCAUCUGAUGAAGUUCCAUUAACCCCAAACCAUUUCUUGCAUGGACAAAUGGGUGGCCAGUUCGCACCUGAGACAGUCGACAGCACGAGUUUUAACCCAAGGAAGAGGUGGCGUYGGGUGCAAGAGCUUGUUCGCCAUUUUUGGCAGAGGUGGCUACGAGAGUGGUCGCCAGGACUGAGUCCACGCCAGAAAUGGUCAAAGACACAAAGAGACUUGAAGACUGGAGAUCUAGUACUUGUAGUCUCACCAGACACCCCACGUGGCAAGUAG